GGAAUUGAAACCGGAAGCACCUCAUUACCCUGACGUCACCAUUAGCAUAAUGGAAUCAAUUGUCAGCCAUUUUACAUAGAAAGCCACAACAAAAGUUAACUGAAGACAACAACGAGAUAGUUUCUCGUUUUUACGAGAAUUUAUAAUAAUGAAGACGAUAUGGAUUCUAGGGGCAACCCUAAUUUUGAUGGAUUUUAUAUCGGGAAUGUCAGAAUCUAAUUUGCAUGACCCAGUAAUAAAGUCGAAAUUAAAAAAUGGCAGGGGAUUCCCCGUCUUCCAUGGGAACAUUACACAAGGAAGCCGGGUAGUUCAGCUUGAUCAGCCACUCAGAGCUACAGAUGAAGACACUGUGGGUGGUGCAAGGUUUAUUUGUGGAUACAGAGUUAUUUCCCCUCGAAAAAGCAUUCCGUUCACUGUGGAACUUUUGGACAGAACCACAGGAGAAGCCCAAGUGAAAGUGGUUGAGGGUCAAAAAGUUUCAUUUGAAAAGCGGAAACGAUAUAAGUUCUCCGUGAUCGCAUAUGAUUGCGGACAACCUGCACAUGAAUCAAACAGAGCCAUCAUUUUCAUCCGAGUAGAAGAUGUGGACCGAUAUUCCCCUACCUUUGACAAGCCUGAUUAUGUUGUGGAUUUGGAGGAGGACAGACUGUAUGACCCCUUGAUGACAUUACAUGCCCAUGACCAGGACAGGUCCAAGGUGUUCAAAGAGAUUUGUGAAUAUGAAAUCGAGAAUCCGAAUGUUCCAUUCACCAUUGAUAAAAAUGGAAACAUCCGCAACACACAGAAGGUUUAUUUCAAAGACAGACAUAACUUUAUUUUGAAAAUCAUUGCUCGGGAUUGCGGAGGAAGAAAAUCAAAGGCUGUGUUUAUCAAUGUCCUGGUCAAAGAAAAAUGCAAGCCCCAGUGGACAGAUUUCCCGCACCACAUCCAGUACCUAGCUAACAGUGGGAAACAGAAGGUGGCCGCUACAGCCUCCCUUCAGUGGUGUGACGACACCUGUAUUCCUGACCAGGUGACCCUUCAAAUGCAGUUGUCCACCAAACACAUAGGCAAAGGCUGUGAUAGAGACACCUACUCCAUCACCUCCCAGAGGAAGCUGUGUGGUGCUAAUGACCGCAAUAUUGAAUUGCUCCCCUCACCAAGUUUGACCACCUCCUGGACACGCUAUCUGCCCACUGAUGAUGGCAAGGAGAGUGACCAGGUAUUCUAUUUUGACGGUGAGAGCAAUGCUGUCGAGGUGCCGCAGAAUCGCUUCAACCAUACAAUACACAAGCACUUCACCAUCAUGACAUGGAUGAAGCAUGAACACGCUGAAAUAAAGGACAAGAAGUAUCCAAAGGAACACAUCAUGUGCAUGUCUGAUGGAGACAAUAUGAACCGUCAUCAUUACUCUUUGUUCGUACAUGGAGAUAAACUGGUUCUCCUGCUCCGUAGAGAGGCAGCAGAUGCCUCGGAUAUGGAGGUCUUUAAGCCCGCUGAAUGGAGAUGGAAAAUUUCGGAGAUCAAUCAGAGAGAUGAGUGGCAUCAUUACGCCAUUAGUGUGAACUUUCCUCGUGUGCAGCUGUUUGUGGAUGGGAACAUGGUGAUUCCUGAUGAAGAUAACUCGGAAGUGGUUGAUGACUGGCCUCUUCACAAGACCAACAAAGUCCAUAACACCAAACUCAUUGUUGGAGCAUGCUGGGAAGGUGGUCAUCAUAAAUUCAACCACUAUUUCCGAGGUUACCUGGCCGGCCUGUCUGUACUGAAGGGCAAAACGGAGAGUGAGAGAGUCAUUCGUUGUCUGAACAACUGUCAGGAAAACCUGGACUUCAGUGCUCUCAGUGCCAUGCACAGCGGAACAACUGUGAGCUUCAAUAGGGAGAUGACUGACUUCAGAAUUCAGAGUAAGAAUAUUUCUGAAGUGCAGGCUCUGUUGAGAGAGGUUCAUUAUAUCAACAGCAGAAAAUUUCCCACCCCAGGCCGAAGAAACCUGACCGUGACCACAACCAUUCAUUGUGGGUCAGCCGAGACCUUGCUUCCUGUUGUGGACAGCUACAUCUUGGUCAAACCAGCAAUCAAACCCUCCAUCACCCUACGAGGGCAAUCCUCCAUCAGCGCCACGGAGGAUAAACUGAAGGCCGGGAUCCGGGUCUUUGAGGACAUUAAUAUAUCUGUGGAUUUUGCCGUAGAGAAGAGUACUGAUGGAAAAGUUAAUCACAUUCUUGGAGAAGACAAAACUGAAGAUGGUGAUUCAAAUGUUGAGCUGGGGAAGGAAGAGAAAUUACAGCUGAAAUUGGAGAGAAAGAAGGCAAAACAGGACACCACCAGCAAGGCCUCGGAUGCCCAGUUGAUCUUGUUAGAUAUGUGCACAGUUAAGGCUGACCCACCACUGGAUUUGUAUCACGAGAGACUAGAAUUGCCUACCACCAUCAUGAAUGAGUUCAACAUGAAAAUUGAGGGCACACAAACCAGCAAAGGCCUGGUUAUUUCCAAUGCUGAUAAUAUCGAGAACUAUGUUUUGGUGCUGAGGGGAAUUUUGUAUGUUCAUGAAAAGGAUAAACCCUUCACUGGACGGAACUUCCAUUUGUCAUGCUCCUCCCAAAAUGGCCGCUUCAACAGCAAUGUUAUGGACAUCAAGAUAAUGAAGAUUCAGGAAGAAAACAAUGUAAUUUUGCCACUGAGAGCCCAGCAGUCUGUUCAGCACAUUCAGCUUCCCUCUGUUAGUGGCACAGGCAAUAUGGCAAUAGGAACUGCCUCUCCAAAUGUUGGUAUGGUGGCCAUUAUUGUGGUGUGUGUGGGCUUCCUCCUCUUCAUGAUUAUUCUGGGAGUCAUCAGGAUCCGAGCAGCCCACAGGAGAACCCAGGUGGUGCAGGUGGAGCCUGAAAUGGAGUGGGACAACGAAAUGAACAUCACUGUCAAUCCCAUGGAACAGGAGACUCACCCACUCCAUGUGUUUGAUUAUGAUGAUGGCGUUGGAAAGUCGAUGAGAGACGAUAGUGAUUCAGAGGAUGAUUUUAGCAGUUACCACGAGGAGGAGGACGAUGACUCCUCAGAUGAGGAAACGGUGCCCAAAAAAGAACUUGAAUGGGACAAUUCUAUCUGAGGAAACACAACAAAAUCAAAGAGUUCUGUUAGAGAAUUUUAAAUUUAUUUUCCGAUUUGAAAAACUUUUCACUGGAAUAAUCCCCACCUUGUGAAGACUUUGGUCUUACUUACUUACAUAAUAUUGUGUAACGAGGCAGUUACUCAAACUUACAAGAUUAAAUGCAUGUGGUUUUUAACAUAACUUUUUUUUAUUCUUCUAAAUUUCACAGUAUAGAUGUUCAUUUUAUUUUUCCUCUUUUCAUUUAACAAGCAGUGACACUUGUUGAUCUAACUGUUGUUUGUUAAGACUUGCUGAUACCUAAGAAAAUCAUAUCAAUGACUUUCAUAUUGGGAGGGUUUAGUUGCUAUGGUGAUGCCAUAAUGCUUUAAUGUCCACAUUCUGUCAUUUAUGUUGUCUUUGUUUUACUGUGUAUGGUGCUGUUAUACAGAUUGAAGAGUAUUAGUUUUGGAAAAUGAAGUAUGUGAAGCUACUUCAAUCAACAUUCAGGCAUGUACUGGAUAUUUUUCAUUCCUUUAAGAAUAUGUCAUUGGGUUAUAAUCCUAGGAGUUUUUAUUCAAUUUUACGUAUUUUAAAAUUUUUAUCGUAUAUGAUUCACGAGUUGUGAAAAUAUUUGUAAAUAGAAUUGAUCAGUCAGUGUUUGUGAAAUUAGAUGUAAAUACUUUUUAGCAUUGUAAGCAAAGGUUGUAAGAUAUUUCUUGAUUGAUUAUUUUGAUUUUGAUUUUAACAACACUUUUUAUACAUUCCAUCUAUUUGUUGGUCAGUUGAUACGAUUUAUGUAUACACUUUUCAUCUCUGUUUAUUUUUUAAGGUCAUACUCUGUAGAUUACAGAACAUAUUAACUUUAGGACUUGUUACAUUUCAGGGCUUAUGUGUACAUUUGUGUUGUCAUUAGUAACGCAUGUGAUUAUCUUGUUUAUAGCUAAGCAAUCUCAACAAAGUAUUUUAUACAACGUUUUUCCUCAUAUCAUUGCAUACAUUAUGCUGAUCUUUUGAAUGAAACUUUUUAGUUUCUCUCCUCAUAUACAAAACGUUACAUAAAGGAAGUACUUUUUGUAUUGAAAAAAAAAAUACAUUGUUGAAUAAUGUAUUCGUAUUUAUAGUGUGUCAUUAACAGAAAAAUAAUACAGAUUUUUAUACUGAAAUUUAAAGGCAUUAUUUCUGGAUGUUUCUGAAAAAAACUAAAAGUUCUACAGAUUGCUUGUAACAGUUUAAAAAAGAACUGUCCAUUCCAUGAUAAUAAUUACUCUGAUAUAUUCUCUUAACUCAUUCCAUAUUGACACUCAUACAAGUCAUAAACAAGUUUGCCAGAUGUAUAUACACUGUAUGUGUGACAACAUACUUCAUUCCAUGGGUAGAUUACACACACAUAUAUGUGUAGCUUAAUUGAAAGUUUGAGCAAUAUCUUGUGUAAUGCAUAAUGGAUUUUGAAAUAUAGGUGUAAUAAUAGUGGGCAUUUUCCAUUCAUAUAAAUCUCAAAUAUGGCUGCUUUUUAUUGUAUAAAUAUGCCAGCUUUUUUUAUCACGAAACUAUUAGCUGUUUCAACAGCAUUAAUGCAAAAUAAAUGCGACACAAACUAAGUUAAUGAGGAUUUAAACAUGGUACAAUUUGUUAAUUUAGCCACACAAUGAAUAUGGCAUGUUGUGUAAAUCAUUUUUUAUAAAUAAAACAGGCUAUCAUAUUAAAGAU